AUGAAUCGCCUGGCUCUUUCACUGGACUUUGGCUUCUUGUUCCACGUCAUUGAAACAUUGAUCUUCGCCUAUUUUGCUUCCAUCGCGUUGGCUGCCCCGCAGGGCCUUUUCCCAAGGCUGGAGAAUGUGGGAGCUUUCAAGAAAGUGUCAAUUGUGCCAACCCAAGCAACGUGUGGGCUCCCAGACCGAAGCACUUUUUGCCACAGCUCUCCGGCUGCCGAAAGUGUUCGGUUCUGUGCCCAGAGAUAUUGCAUUCAGGAUUGCCCACACAGAUCUUCACCCCCAAACUACACGGCCCUUCUGUCAGCAGGCCUCAGGAGCUGUGUCACCAUAGACAAGCAUGACCUGCACCCCAACUCCCCUCGCAAUUCGACAAGUCUUCUUUUCGGAAAUCACGAGAAUUGCAUUUCUUCUCCUCCUUCUCCAAGGCUGGCGGCAUCAUUUACUUUAGCCGUGUGGUUGAAACCCGAGCAAGAGGGUGUAAUGUGUAUCAUAGAAAAGACGGUGGAUGGGCAGACUGUGUUCAAACUUACAGUAUCGGAGAAAGAGACCAUGUUUUAUUAUCGCACAGUAAACGGUUUGCAGCCUCCAAUAAAAGUAAUGACACUGGGGAGAAUUCUUGUGAAGAAAUGGAUUCAUCUUAGUGUGCAGGUGCACCAGACAAAAAUCAGUUUCUUCAUCAAUGGUUUGGAGGAGGAUAAUACAGCUUUUGACUCAAGAACUCUGCGUGGUUCAGUUACAGAUUUUGCCUCUGCUGCUGUGCAAAUAGGACAGAGUUUAAAUGGUUUAGAGCAGUUUGUUGGAAGAAUGCAAGAUUUUCGAUUAUACGAAGUGGCACUUACAAACAGAGAGAUCCUGGACGUCUACUCUGGAGACCUGCCCUCACUGCCCAUCCAGUCUCAUUGCCGCUGCCCAGGCAGCCACCCUCGCGUCCAUCCUUUGGCACCAGGGUACUGCAUUCCUAACGGUGUGGAGGAUACAACCAGUGACAGGGUGUCACGCCUGCACCCCGAAGCCCAUCCUCUUUCUUUCAUCAAUGAUAAUGAUCUUAGUACUUCAUGGGUUUCACGUGUGUUUACAAACAUCACCCAGCUUAACCAAGGAGUGACAAUUUCCAUAGAUUUGGAAAACGGACAGUAUCAGGUGUUUUAUAUUGUCAUUCAGUUCUUCAGUCCACAACCAACAGCAAUAAGGAUUCAGAGGAAGAAGGGGACCGACCUCGCCUGGGAAGACUGGCAAUAUUUCGCUAGAAAUUGCAGUGAUUUUGGAAUGAAAAACAACGGAGAUUUGGAAAAUUCUGAUUCCGUCAACUGUCUUCAGCUUUCUAAUUUUACGCCCUAUUCCCGUGGUAAUGUCACAUUUAGCAUCCUGACACCUGGACCGAAUCAUCGUCCUGGAUACAAUGAUUUCUACAAUACCAAAUCUCUUCAAGAGUUUGUAAAAGCCACACAAAUAAGGCUUUAUUUCCACGGACAGUACUACACAACUGAGACGCCUGUCAGCCUCAGACACAGAUACUAUGGGGUCGAUGAAAUCACCAUUAUUGGGAGAUGUCAGUGCCGUGGUCAUGCAGAUGCCUGUGACACGACAAGCCAGCCCUAUCGAUGCCUCUGUUCUCAGGAAAGCUUCACUGAAGGACUUCAUUGUGAGCGCUGCUUACCCCUUUAUAAUGACAAGCCUUUCCGCCACGGUGAUCAAGUCCAUGCUUUCAGUUGUAAACCUUGUCAAUGCAAUGGGCAUGCCAGCAGCUGCCACUACGACAUCUCAGUGGACCCAUUUCCAUCUGAGCACCACAGAGGGGGUGGAGGAGUCUGUGACGACUGUAAGCACCACACAACAGGAAGGAACUGUGAGCUGUGUGAGGACUACUUUUUCCGACCAGUGGGAGCAGACCCUUCAGCCGUCGAUGUUUGCAAAUCCUGUGAUUGUGAGAAAGGAGGCACCAGAAACGCGAGCCUCCUUUGUGAUCAGAUUGGAGGCCAGUGUAAUUGUAAGAGACGUGUUUCUGGCAGACGGUGCAAUCAGUGCCAGAAUGGAUUCUACAAUCUCCAAGAGCUGGAGCCUGAUGGCUGUAGGCCUUGCAACUGCAAUACCUCUGGGACAGUGGAUGGAGAUAUUACCUGUCACCCAAAUUCAGGCCAGUGCAAGUGCAAAGCAAACGUUAUUGGGCUUCGAUGUGAUCAUUGCAAUGUUGGAUUUAAAUUCUUCCGAAGUUUUAAUGAUGAUGGAUGUGAGCCCUGUCGGUGUAACCUCCACGGCUCGGUGAACACAUUCUGCAAUCCUCUUUCUGGGCAGUGUGAGUGCAAAAACGAAGUCCGAGGACUUCAGUGUGACACCUGCAGAGAACACUUCUAUGGGUUGGAUGUCACCGGUUGCAAGGCCUGUGACUGUGACACAGCUGGGUCCCUCCCUGGGACUGUCUGUGAUGCCAGGACAGGGCAGUGCAACUGUAAACCAAAUGUGGGUGGCAGAGAGUGCAGUGAAUGCUUGGACGGAUAUGUGAACCAACAGCAAAAUAAUUCUUUCCUCUGCCUGCCCUGUAACUGCGAUAAGACUGGGACAGUCAAUGGCUCUCUGUUGUGUGACAAAUCCACAGGACAAUGUCCUUGCAAAUUAGGAGUCACAGGUCUUCACUGUAAUCAGUGUGAGCCUCACAGGUACAAUUUAACCAUUGGCGAUUCCCAAGGCUGCCAGAGGUGUGACUGUGACUCCUUGGGGACAUUACCCGGAACCGUCUGUGACCCAGUCAGUGGCCAGUGUCUAUGUUUGCCUAAUCGUCAAGGGAGACGAUGCGAUCAGUGUCAACCAGGUUUUUAUAUUUCUCCAGGCAAUGCCCCCGGCUGCCUGCCGUGCUCAUGCCACACAAUGGGGGCCGUUAAUCGCACCUGUAACAGCCUGACUGGUCAGUGCAUUUGCCAAGAUGCUUCCGUGUCUGGGCAAAGUUGUGACCACUGUAAGGACCUUUACUUCGGAUUUGAUCGUCAGACUGGAAGAUGUCAGCCUUGCAAUUGUCAUCUCUCAGGAGCCUUGAAUGAGACCUGUCACUUGGUCACGGGCCAGUGUUUCUGUAAACGAUUUGUCACCGGCUCCAAGUGCGAUGCCUGCAUUCCCAGGGCUAGCCACUUGGAUGCCACCAAUCCGCUGGGCUGCAGCAAAACUCCAUCCCAGCAACCUCCACCCAGAGGACAGGUUCAAAGUUCUUCUGCUAUCAAUCUCUCCUGGAGUCCACCUGAUUCUCCCAAUGCCCACUGGCUUACUUACAGUUUAUUCAGGGACGGUUUUGAAAUCUACGCAACUGAAGAUCAAUACCCAUACAAUAUCCAGCACUUUGUAGACGCUGCCCUGUCACCAUACACCUCAUACUCCUACGACGUUAAGACCACCAAUGUGCAUGGCUCCACCAGGAGCACAGCUGUCACCUACAGGACAGAACCAGGGGUCCCAGAUGGAUACUUGAACUUAAGUUAUAUCAUUCCUAGUGGCUCAGACUCUGUGACACUUACCUGGACUGCACCUUCAAAUCGUUCUGGUCCUGUAGAGAAAUAUAUUUUGUCCUGUGCUCCUGUAGAGAACAUCCAGCCGUGUGUUUCCUAUGAAGGCCAUGAAACGUCAGCUACCAUCUGGAACCUGGUUCCAUUCACCGACUACCGUUUUUCUGUGCAGGCGUGUACUAGGGGGGGCUGUUUACACAGCUCCCCCCUGACGGUGACGACAGCCCAGGCACCUCCCCAAAGGCUGGGCCCCCCUGGGGUACGAAAGAUCAGUUCCACAGAACUCCAUGUGGAAUGGUCUCCACCAGUGCAACCAAAUGGAAUAAUUAUACGAUAUGAGCUAUACAUGAAAAGAUUGAGAUCUAAUGGAGAACCCACAUCAGCAGAAAGUCUAGUUUUUGAGAGUAGUGGCUGGCUCAGCCCUCACCCAUUUGCAGAAUCUGCCAAUGGAAAUGCACUGACACCUCCUCAGACGACCACAACCAUCGCUGGCUUGGAGCCAUACACCGAGUACGAGUUCAGAGUCGUGGCUGCAAAUACGGCUGGCAGCGUGUCCUCUGCCUGGACCUCAGGAAGAACGGCCGAAUCAGAGCCUGUAUUCAUGAUCCCUCCUUCAGUCUUCCCUCUCUCACCGUACUCUCUCAAAGUAUCCUGGGAGAAGCCGGCAGAUAAUGUUACAAGAGGAAAAGUUGUGGGGUAUGACAUCAGUAUGAUUUCUGAAGAGUCACCUCAACAGUCCAUUCCGGUGGUGUGUUCACAGGUAUUGUUAGUAUCUGCUGAAUGCCAACAAUUGUCCUACAUUGUAACAGGACUAAAACCUUAUAGGAUAUACAACUUUACUAUUUCUCUCUGCAAUUCAGUUGGUUGUGUAACCAGUGCUUCAGGAGCAGGACAGACGUUAGCAGCAGCCCCAGCUCACAUGAAGCCUCCUCUGGCUGAAGAAGUCAACAGCACGACCAUCCGUCUCCGAUGGCUCGCACCUGAAGAGCUGAAUGGACCUCCUCCUGUGUAUCAACUGGAAAGGAGAGAGGCAUCUCUACCCGCUCCCGGGUCCACAGUGAUAAAAGGAAUUCGCUUCAUAGGAAAUGGAUAUUACAAAUUUCCCAGCACCACUCACCCAGUCAAUACAGAUUUUACCGGCGUUAAGGCCAGCUUCCGAACAAGGGUACCUGAAGGUUUGAUCGUCUUUGCGGCAUCACCUGGUACCCAGGAGGAGUAUUUUGCACUUCAGUUGAAGAAUGGACGUCCUUACUUUCUUUUUGAUCCUCAGGGGUCAGCAGUGGAAGUUACCACCACUAAUGAUGGAGGUAAACGAUACAGUGAUGGCAAGUGGCAUAACAUCAUUGCUGUCAGACAUCAGGCUUUUGGCCACAUCACUCUCGAUGGACAGUAUACAGGUUCCUCUGGGGCCCCGAAUGGUAGCACUGUUAUUGGGGACAACACGGGAGUGUUUGUAGGAGGACUGCCGCGGGGCGAUGCCAUCCUGAGGAAGGACGUGGACAUAGUCCAAAAGGGUUUUGUGGGCUGUCUUAAGGAUGUGUAUUUUAUGAAGAAUUACAAUCCGUCUGCUACGUGGGAGCCUCUGGUUUGGCAGAGUUCUGAAGAAAAAGUGAACGUGUACAACAGCUGGGAGGGGUGCCCCACGUCAUUACAAGAGGGAGCCCAGUUCCUAGGAACAGGGUUCCUGGAACUCGAUCCAUACACAUUUCAUGGCGGAAUGGACUUUGAGAUUUCCUUUAAGUUCAGGACAGAUCAACUGAAUGGAUUGCUUCUUUUCAUUUACAACAAAGAUGGACCUGAUUUUCUUGCUAUGGAACUGAAGAGUGGAAUAUUGAGCCUGCGGUUAAAUACCAGUGUUACUUUCACACAAGUGGAUCUAUGGCUGGGGCUGUCCUACUGUGAUGGAACGUGGAAUACAGUGAUCGUUAAAAAGGAAGGUUCCAUCAUAGCAGCAAGUAUGAAUGGACUGACGGAGCGUGUGUCACAGUCGCGCGCCCAACCACUGGUGGUGAAUUCCCCGGUCUAUGUGGGGGGCGCCCCGCCCAAGCUGCAGGACAUGUAUGGACUCCUGAGCUUGGAGCAAGGUUUCGGUGGUUGCAUGAAGGAUGUUGCAUUUGCACGGGGUGCUGCCGUUCACUUGGCAUCUGUGUCCAGCGGCGCUGUCAGAGUCAAUCUGGAUGGAUGCCUAUCAACUGCCAGCCCCGUUAACUGCAGGGGGAAUGACUCCAUCCUGGUGUACCACGGGCGAGAGCAGGGUGUGCAGGAGAGUGGUCUGCAGCCCUUCACAGAAUACCUGUAUCGAGUGAUAGCCUCACACGAAGGAGGUUCGGUAUACAGCGAUUGGAGUCGGGGACGGACAACAGGAGAAGUCCCACAAAGUGUGCCAGCUCCCUCAAGGGUCCGUGGCAUAAACGGGUACAGCAUUGAAGUGACCUGGGAGGAACCUGCUGUGGUUACGGGUGUCAUCGAGAAGUACAUUCUGCGAGCCUACAGCCAGGACGGCAACCCCCGUCUACCCCGCACGCCCGCUGCCUCUUCUGAGUUUGUCAGUACCAACACUCUCACAGGCAUAUUGACAGGCUUGCUACCCUUCAAAAACUAUGCCGUAACCCUAACUGCUUGCACUUUGGCUGGCUGUACUGAAAGCUCACAUGCAUUGAACAUCUCUACUCCACAAGAAGCUCCACAAGAGGUUCAGCCACCAGUUGCCAAAUCCCUUCCCAAUUCUUUGUUACUUUCCUGGAAUCCACCCAAAAAAGCAAACGGUAUUAUAACUCAGUACUCCUUAUAUAUGGAUGAGGUGCUCGUCUAUUCAGGCAGUGGUGAGAACUACACAGUCACAGAUUUAGCAGUAUUUACACCUCACCGGUUUCUGCUCGGUGCUUGCACACACGUGGGAUGUGCAAACAGCUCCCUGGUCGUACUGUCCACGGCACAGCUGCCACCAGACUAUGUGGAUUCCCCGAUUCUGAGCGUCCUGGAUUCUAGAACUGUAUACAUACAGUGGAAACAACCAAGACGGGUAAAUGGAAUUCUGGAGCGCUAUAUAUUAUAUAUUUCAAAUCACACGCAUGAUUUUACAAUUUGGGACGUCGUCUAUAACAGUACAGAGCCUUUUCAGGAUCAUGUGCUACAGUACCUCUUGCCUGGCACUAAAUAUCUCAUGAAACUGGGAGCUUGCACUGGGGGUGGGUGCACGGUGAGUGCGGCCAGUGAGGUUAUGACUGACGAGAGCACACCUGAAGGCGUGCCAGCCCCCAGAGCACACGCAUAUUCACCUGACUCCUUCAACAUCUCCUGGACAGAGCCUGGACGUCCGAAUGGUGUUAUUACAAGUUACGGGCUCUAUCUGGACGGUGUAUUAAUUCACAAUUCCUCAGAACUCAGAUGUCAUGCUUACGGAUUUGCUCCUUGGAGCUUACAUUCCUUCAGAGUCCAAGCAUGCACAGCCAGAGGUUGUGCUCUGGGCCCACUGGUGGAAAAUCGAACUCUAGAAGCGCCUCCUGAAGGAACAGUAAAUGUGUUUGUCAAAACAGAGGGAUCCCGGAAAGCCCACGUGAGGUGGGAAGCACCUCUUCACCCGAAUGGACACUUAACAUACUUUGUCCUUUUCACCGGGAUGUUCUAUGCAGAUCAAGCAGAUGAUAACUACACCCUUCUGAAUGGCACAGGGAUCAUGCACAGUGGCGAAGAGACUGACCUUUGGGUGCUCGUCGAUGGCCUGGUUCCUUUUACUAACUAUACCGUACAAGUGACUGUUUCAAAUAGCCAAGGCAGCUUGACGAGUGAUCCUACAGCUAUUGCAAUGCCGCCAGGGGCUCCAGAUGGCGUGCUGCCUCCGAGGCUUUCAUCUGCCACUCCAACCAGUCUUCAGGUUCUCUGGUCUACACCAGCUCGCAACAAUGCCCCCGGCCCACCCCGAUACCAACUCCGGAUGAGGCCUGGCCACUCCACCCGUGGAUUUCUAGAGUUAUUUUCCAAUCCUUCUGCGUUGUUAGGCCAUGAAGUAAGAGAUCUCCAGCCGUACACAGAGUAUGGGUUUCAGUUGGUUGUCUCCAAUGGAUUUGGCAGUGCACAUAGUUCUUGGAGUCUGUUCAUGACGGCAGAGGACAGACCUGGACCCAUCGAUCCUCCGAUCCUUCUGGACGUGAAGUCAAGAGCGGCGUUGGUCACCUGGCAGCAGCCUUUGAAGUGCAACGGGAUUAUUACCCAUUAUAACGUCUACCAGCACGGCCAUCUGUCCUGCAAAACUUCUGGAAAUAUCACUAAUUGCACAGUGACACAUUUGUGCCCAUCUACUGCCUAUAUGUUUCAGGUGGAAGCCUGUACUUCAAAAGGGUGUUCCCUGUCACCAGGGUCCCAGACGGUAUGGACACUCCCAGACGCACCAGAAGGAAUCCCAAGUCCGGAGCUGUUCUCAGAUACCCCGACGUCUGUGAUUCUAUCUUGGCAACCCCCCACCCACCCCAACGGUUUGGUGGAGAACGUCACAAUUGAGAGAAGAGCUCAAGGGCAGGAAGAAGUUACCACCCUGGUGACGCUCCCAAGUCGUCACUCCAUGCGGUUUAUUGACCAGACUUCUGCUCUUAGCCCGUGGACAAAGUAUGAGUACCGCGUACUUAUGAGCACUGUAAAUGGAGGUACAAACAGCAGUGCGUGGGCAGAAGUGACCACGAGACCCUCGCGGCCUGCUGGGGUGCAGCCACCAGUGGUGCAUGUGCUGGGACCCGAGGCAGCCCAGGUCACGUGGAAACCCCCACUCAUGCAGAACGGAGACAUACUUAGCUAUGAGAUCCGUGCGCCAGACCCGCGCAUCACAAUGACCAAUGUGACUUCCUCAGUGCUAAGUCAAGUAAUUGCUCAUCUGAUUCCUUUCACUAAUUAUUCGGUCACCGUUGUGGCUUGCUCAGGGGGUAACGGGUACCUAGGAGGAUGCACGGAGAGUUUACCUACCCGUGUCACCACCCACCCCACCCUGCCUGACGACGUCCGCUCGUUGUCUGCGAUUCCACGAAGUGAAUCGUGUGUUGGGAUUUCUUGGCAGCCACCAUCCAGGCCAAAUGGGCCCGAUUUGAGAUACGAGCUUCUGAGACGUAAAAUCCAGCAACCACUUGCAUCAAAUCCCCCAGAAGAUUUAAAUCUGUGGCACAAUAUUUAUUCAGGAACUCAGUGGUUUUAUGAAGAUAAGGGUCUUAGCAGGUUUACAUCGUACGAGUAUAAAGUCUUUGUACACAACAGCGUGGGCUUUACACCAAGCCAAGGAGUGACAGUGACGACAUUAGCUGGUCAUCCGGAGAGGGGAGCCAGUCUCACUGCAGUUGUUCUUAACCACACGGCCAUAGACGUGAGAUGGGACAAACCCACUUUUCAAGACCUACAAGGUGAUGUUGAAUAUUAUAUGCUUUUCUGGAGUUCCACUACCUCGAAUGAAUCUCUCAAAAUCCCCCCCGAUGUAAAUUCUCAUGUCAUUGGCCACUUAAAUCCAAGCACGGAGUACCAGAUUUUCAUCUCUGUCUUCAAUGGAGUCCAGAGCAUCGGCAGUGAAGUACUGCACGCAACCACGUGCGACGGGGAGCCUCGGGGCAUUCUUCCUCCAGAGGUUGUCAUCAUCAACAGUACAGCUGUACGUGUCAUCUGGACAUCUCCUUCAAACCCAAAUGGUGUUGUCAGUGAAUAUUCUGUCUAUGUAAAUAAGAAGCUCUACAAGACUGGAAUGAAUGUGCCUGGGUCUUUCAUUCUACGAGAACUAUCUCCCUUUACUAUCUAUGACAUUCAGGUCGAAGUCUGCACGACAUACGCCUGUGGGAAAAGCAAUGGAACCCAAUUCACCACCAUGGGAGAUACUCCAAGUGAUAUACUAACACCCACGAUUCGUGACAUCACUUCAAGAUCCCUUCAAAUUGAUUGGAUGUCUCCAGGGAGACCAAAUGGCAUCAUUCUUGGGUAUGAUCUCUUGCGUAAAACAUGGUAUCCAUGCCCUGCAACCCAAAAGCUGAUGAAGGACCACAGUGGUGAGCUCUGCAAGGCAGUGACGUGUCAAAAACCUGAAAUUAUCUGUGGACACAGGUGCUAUUCCCCUGAAGCCAAGGUUUGUUGUAAUGGAGUUCUCUACAACCCCCAACCUGGACAUCAGUGUUGUGAGGAGAAGUAUAUCCCGUAUGUUUUGAAUUCGACUGAAGUUUGUUGUGGAGGCCAAAUACGAGAGGCGUUGCCAGGUUACCAGUGCUGCUCUGGGUAUUACAUUAGACUUCUGCCAGGUGAAGUGUGCUGUCCAGAUGAGCCACACAGCCGGGUUUCCACUGGCAUCGGCGACGCCUGCUGUGGCAGAAUGCCAUACUCCACCUCGGGAAACCAGAUGUGCUGUGCCGGGAGGCUUCGUGACAGUCAUGGCCAGCAGUGCUGUGGUGGCCGCGCCGUGAGCAAGGACCUGGAAUGCUGUGGAGGAGAAGACGAUGGUCUGGUGUACAGCCGCCUGCCAGGGAUGUUCUGUUGUGGGCAGGAUUAUGUGAACGUGUCACAUACCAUAUGCUGCCCAGCUUCCAGUGGAGAGUCUAAAGCACACGUUAAAAAGAAUGACCCGGUGCCAGUAAAAUGCUGUGAGACUGAACUUAUUCCAAACAGCCAGAGAUGCUGUAAUGGAGUUGGAUAUAAUCCUUUGAAAUAUGUUUGCUCUGACAAGAUUUCAACUGGAAUGAUGAUGAAGGAAACCAGAGACUGCAGGACUCCAUGCCCAGCGCCCGUGGAAGCCACAGCACUCUGCGGCAGCUGUGACUCCAACCUCACCAGCCACGGUUGUCCUGUCAUCAGAGGACCUCACGGUUCCACAGAGCAGGCAUCAAUGGAUGGAAUGUGCUCUUCUGCAGAAGAGACUGUUCACACGGGAAAUGCAAACACGCUCUCCUUCACAGAUGAGACCCUGGAGCCCUACACGACGUAUGAGUACCGGCUGUCUGCAUGGAAUGGCUACGGGAGAGGAUUCAGCAAAGCUGUGAGAACCAGCACGAAGGAAGAUUUGCCUCAAGGAGUCAGUCCCCCUCGGUGGAUCAAAAUGGAUAAUCUCGAAGCUGGAAUAGUCUUAAGCUGGAAAAAACCUAUACGAUCGAAUGGUCUUAUCAUUUACUACAUCCUUCUCCGAAAUGGAAUCGAAUGCUUUCGGGGAACAUCGUUAACCUUCUCUGAUACAGAAGGAAUCCAACCGUUUCAGGAAUAUUCAUACCAGCUGAAAGCCUGCACAAUUGCUGGCUGCGCCGCCAGCAGCGAGGUAGUCGCAACUACUACCCAAGGAGUUCCACACAGCAUCCUGCCAGCUGGGAUCACAGCCCUCAGUGCAGAGGCACUGCUCGUGAGCUGGACUGUCCCUGAGAAACCAAACGGCAUCAUUAAAGAGUACCAGCUCCGGCAGCUUGGGACAGGUCUCACCUACACUGACACGGCUGACAGCAGGCAGCAUGCGGUCACAGGUCUCCAGCCAUACACCAACUACAGCUUCACACUUACAGCUUGUACAUCUGCUGGAUGCACUUCUAGUGAGCCUUUUCUAGGUCAGACACUGCAGGCGGCACCUCAAGGAGUUUGGGUGACACCUCGACACAUUAUUGUCAAUUCCACAGCAGUGGAAUUGUACUGGAGUCCGCCGGAAAAGCCCGGUGGCUUCAUUUCUCAAUACCGGUUGAGUCGUAACGGAACCUGGAUUUUCCUGGGUGGCAGUGAGGAGCAUCAUUUCACUGAUAAAAACCUGGAGCCCAACAGCAGAUACAUUUACAAGUUGGAAGCCACAACUGGAGGCGGCAGCAGUUCUAGUAACGAAUACGUUGUACAGACACCGAUACGGACACCGGAAGAAAUCCAGCCUCCAUAUAAUGUCACGGUCAUUGGGCCUUAUUCCAUAUUUGUAGCUUGGACCCCACCAGGGAUCCUCAUCUCCAAAACGCCCGUGGAGUACAAUGUCUUACUCAAUGCAGGAAGUAUAACAUCUCUCACCUCCUCUGUUGGUCAUUGUCGAUCCACCGUUGUGGAAAAUUUGGCUCCAUUCACACAGUAUGAGAUAAGGAUACAAGCGUGUCAAAAUGGAAGUUGUGGAGUCAGCCAUAGGACAUUUGUGAAAACAUCUGAAACUGCCCCAAUGGAUCUAAAUCCCCCCAUUCUUCGGGUGCUGGGGGCAGCUUGCAUAGAGGUUACAUGGAUGCCACCUGAAAAACCAAAUGGCGUCAUCACCAACUACUUUGUUCACAGGCGUCCUUCUGGCCUUGAAGAGGAGACCCUCGUGUUUGUCUGGUCAGAAGGAGACCUUGAAUUUACCGAUGCUGCAGAUACUCUGAGACCUUUCACGCUCUACGAAUAUCAGGUCAGAGCCCACAACUCCCGGGGCUCAGUGGAGAGUUUGUGGUCAGCAGUGCGGACUCUGGAAGCCCCACCCCAAGAUUUGCCAGCGCCCUGGGCUCAAGCCACCGGGGCUCAUUCAGUCCUGCUGAGUUGGACGAAGCCAGACUCUCCCAAUGGUGUCAUCUCCCAGUACCGCGUAGUCUAUCAGGAAAAAGCCAACGAUCCAACAUUCACCAUCCCUACGGUGCAUGCUUUCACAGUAAUGGGAACGAGCCAUGAAGCCCACCUGUUCGGGUUAGAACCCUUCACAACAUAUCACAUUGGUGUUGUGGCCGCAAACCAGGCAGGAGAAGUUUCCAGCCCCUGGACUCUGGUGCAAACCCUAGAAUCGUCUCCAAGUGGGCUGAGCAACUUGACAGUAGAACAGAAGGAGAAUGGCCGGGCCUUGUUCCUGCGGUGGUCAGAACCUGUGCGAAGCAAUGGUGUGAUUAAGACAUACAACAUCUUCAGUGAUGGGAUCCUGGAGUACACGGGGCUGAGUCGCCAGUUUCUCUUCCGACGCCUGGAGCCUUUCACUGUCUACACGCUGACCCUGGAGGCCUGCACCGAGGCCGGCUGUGCCCGCUCAGCGCCCCAGCCUGUGCGGACAGACGAAGCCCCUCCCCGCUCUCAGGUGGCUCCCGCAGUCCGGUCUGUGGGGUCCACCAGCGUUGAGCUGAGCUGGUCAGAGCCUGUUAACCCCAAUGGAAAGAUAAUUCGCUACGAAGUGAUUCGCAGAUGCUUCGAGGGAAACGCUUGGGGGAAUCAGACAAUCCAGGCCGAUGAGAAAAUUGUUUUCACAGAAUAUGAUACUGAACGGAAUGCAUUUCUGUGGAAUGACACUGGUUUGCAGCCAUGGACUCGAUGCGAAUAUAAGAUCCACACGUGGAAUGCAGCUGGCCACACCUGUAGCUCAUGGACUAUGAGCAGAACGAUGCAAGCACCUCCAGAAGGUCUCUCUCCCCCGGAGAUAAAAUACAUAUCUAUGAACCCCCCAAAACUGCUGAUUUCCUGGGUCCCCCCACGGCAAUCUAAUGGUCUCAUCCAGUCCUACAGGCUUCAAAGGAACGGAGUGCUCUAUCCUUUCACCUUCGAUGCUUUUACGUCCAGUUACACUGACAAAGAGCUGCUUCCUUUUGCCACAUACAGCUACGCGAUCACAGCCUGCACGAGUGCGGGCUGCUCUACCAGCAAAGCCACCAGCGUCACAACUCACGAAGCUGCUCCAGCCGGGGUCAGCCCUCCAAACCUUCAGGCCAUCAGUGCCACUCAGAUGAAUGUAUCUUGGUCACCGCCAUCAAUUCACAAUGGAAAGCUCACUAAAUAUUUGCUCCGAUGUGCUGGUCAGGAGUACCUGGCUGGGCAGAGCCUGUCCCUGCUGGUCUCCCACCUGCAGCCUUAUACUCAGUACAGUUUCUCCCUGGUCGCCUGCACGGGUGGAGGUUGUACAACCAGUGUGUCAAAAACUGCCUGGACGAUGGAGGCCCCACCGCAGGCUAUGGACCCUCCAAAAUUGCAAGUCACAGGCUCCGAAUCUAUAGAAAUCACCUGGAAACCUCCAAGAAACCCAAAUGGCCAGAUCAGAAGUUACGAACUUAGGAGGGAUGGGACCAUCGUAUAUACUGGCCUGGAAACUCGCUAUCAUGAUUUUACUCUCAUCCCGGGUGUGGAGUACAGCUACACAGUGACAGCCAACAAUAGCCAGGGGGGUGUAUUGAGUCCACUCGUCAGAGAUCGAACUAGCCCCUCGGCGCCUUCAGGAAUGGAGCCUCCAAAACUGCAGGCCAACGGUCCUCAGGAGAUCAUAGUGACCUGGGACCCUCCAGUGAGGACAAGUGGCCACAUCAUCAACUAUACCCUCUUCAUCCAUGAGCUGCUUGAGAGCGAAACCAAAAGAAUCCCCAUAAAUACAACCCAUACUUCUUUUGGCAUCCGGGCAUCCGUAGUAAACGAGCUGAAGCCAUUUCACAGGUAUGAAGUACGGAUUCAAGCCUGCACCAAGGUGGGUUGUGCAUCAGGUGACUGGGCAUCCGUACAGACCCCAGAAGUCGCACCCCUGAUGCAGCCUCCCCCACAUGUAGAGGUCCGCACGGCUCCAGGAGGGUUCCAUCCCACGGUGUCCCUUGUGUGGGCAGGGCCGCUUCAGCCAAAUGGAAAAAUUUUGUAUUACGAAUUGUACAGAAGACAGCCAGCGGCUCAGCCUGGACGAUCACAGCCGGUGCUCACCUACAAUGGAAGCUCGAGCUCUUUUGUGGAUUCUGACCUCUUGCCUUUCACGGAGUAUGAGUACCAGGUCUGGGCAGUGAAUUCAGCAGGUACAGCCGCCAGUAGCUGGACCAGCUGUAGAACCGGGCCCGCCCCUCCGGAAGGGCUCAGGCCCCCCAAGUUCCAUGCAGUGUCUUCCACCCAAGCAGUGGUCAACAUCAGCGCCCCUGGGAAGCCCAAUGGGAUCGUCAGCCUGUACAGACUGUUCUCAAACACCACCGGUGGGGCAGAGGCGGUGCUGUCUGAAGGCAGGGCCACGCAGCAGAUGCUUCACGGCCUGCAGCCCUUCACGACGUACCUGGUCGGGGUGGAGGCCUGCACCUGCUUCAACUGCUGCAGGAAAGGGCCGACAGCAGAGCUCAAGACCCAUCCUGCUCCACCCUCUGGACAGUCCUCUCCCCACAUCCAGACGCUGGCCUCGAGGACAGCCUCCUUCCAGUGGAGCCCCCCGCUGUUCCCCAAUGGUGUCAUCCAAAGCUAUGAGCUCCAACUGCACAGGGCUUGCCCUCCCCACGCAGACGCUCCCUGUGCUUCCAGCCAGCCAGAGACAUGGUACUCGGGGCCGGGGCCAAGAGCCAGCCUGGGGGGGCUGCAGCCUUACACCACCUACAGGCUGAGAGUGGUGGCCCACAACGAGGUGGGCAGCACGGCAUCUGAGUGGAUCAGCUUCACCACCCAACGGGAAUUACCUCAGUACCGAGCCCCGUUUUCGGUGGACAGCAAUGUGUCCAUGCUGUGUGUCAACUGGAGCGGCUCUUUUGCUCUGAAUGGCCCGCUGCGGGAGUUCGUGCUCACCGACGGGGGCCAGCGCGUGUACAGCGGCUUGGACACCACCCUCUACAUACCCAGGACAGCGGACAGAACCUUCUUUCUCCAGGUCACCUGCACUACAGAUGAAGGAAGCGUCAGGACGCCUCUGAUUCAGUAUGACUCCUCCACUGGACUUGGCCUGGUGCUGACAACUCCUGGAGAAAAGAAGGGCUCUGGGAACAAAAGCAUGGAGUUCUACAGCGAACUAUGGUUCAUAGUGUUAAUGGCAGUUCUGGGCUUGAUCUUGUUGGCGAUUUUUCUGUCCCUGAUCUUACAAAGGAAAAUCCACAGAGAGCCAUAUACCAGAGAGAGACCGCCCGUAGUACCUCUGCAGAAGAGGAUGUCUCCAUUGAGUGUCUACCCACCAGGGGAGACCCACAUGGGAUUGGCCGACACCAAGAUCCCCCGGUCUGGGGCCCGCAUGAGUGUGAGGAGCAGCCGGAGCAUAUCUGUGCUUCGCAUCCCAAGCCAGAGCCAGCUCAGCCGGGCUUAUUCCUCAGGCUCUCUCCACCGCAGCGUCAGCCAGCUCAUGGACAUUCAGGACAAGAAAGUCCUGAUCGACGACUCCUUGUGGGAAACCAUCAUGGGCCACGACAGUGGACUGUACGUGGAUGAAGACCUGAUGAACGCCAUCAAGGGUUUCAGCUCUGUGACCGAGGAACACACCACAUUUACCGACACCCACCUGUAAAGGACUGACACCUACAAAACGUAAGACUGGAAUGCGCGCUCCACACCCCACUCCCACGGGGUUCUAACUGACACAUCCUAAAUGCUCAAAGCCAUCGCCUGUUAUCCUGUGAUCCUUUAACGGGAUAAUCCGGUAUAUUGGACUUAACUGAUAAAUAAAUACCAUGCAUAGUUAUUACAAUAUUGACGAAAUUGUUCCUCCCUGUGAGAUAGAGGUCAAAGAAAUGUUAUUUUUCUGGUG